AUAAAAACUCAAGAGAAGAAGGAGCUACCUUCCAGAUUGCAUCCGCAUCAGAGCUGAGUUGAACACGGUUAAAAUUCCUGCAACACAGAACUUCAGCGAAGUUAUCAACAUGCCUAUGUUUUUGGUAAAUACUAAUGUGGCCAAGAGUGACAUUCCGCCUGCACUGUUGUCUGAGGCCACAGAGGAACUGGCCAAGGCGAUGGGCAAACCUGUGCAGUACCUUGCUGUGCACAUCAUCCCAGACCAGUUGAUGAUGUUUGGAGGGAAAGGAGACCCUUGUGCUCUCUGCUCCCUUCACAGCAUUGGAAAGAUCGAAGGAGCUCAGAAACAAUACUCUAAACUACUGUGUGGACUGCUCAACAAACACCUGGGCAUCUCCCCCGACAGGAUCUACGUGAACUUCUUUGACGUGGAGGCAGCGAACGUAGCCUGGAACAACUCUACCUUCGGCUGAUCAGGGGAUCUGAACUUCAAUGGGAGCUGACCCCUCCUUUUCCCCCACACCUUAAUAACGGUAGUACAGCAUUAGAGUAGGCUGCGGAGAGACCAGCAGAGAUGCCCAGUUUCUGGGCUGACGUAGAGCAGCAUUGAUAAAUGAACCCUUACUUUAUGCAGACCCUUGGUUUGUACUGGACCCUUGGUUUAUGCAGACCCUUGGUUUAUGCAGACCCUUGGUUUAUGCAGACCCUUGGUUUAUGCAGACCCUUGGUUUAUGCAGACCCUUGGUUUAUGCAGACCCUUGGUUUAUGCAGACCCUUGGUUUAUGCAGACCCUUGGUUUGUACUGGACCCUUGGUUUGUACUGGACCCUUGGUUUAUGCAGACCCUUGGUUUAUGCAGACCCUUGGUUUGUACUGGACCCUUGGUUUAUGCAGACCCUUGGUUUAUGCAGACCCUUGGUUUAUGCAGACCCUUGGUUUAUGCAGACCCUUGGUUUAUGCAGACCCUUGGUUUAUGCAGGACCCUUGGUUUAUGCAGACCCUUGGUUUAUGCAGACCCUUGGUUUAUGCAGACCCUUGGUUUAUGCAGACCCUUGGUUUAUGCAGACCCUUGGUUUAUGCAGACCCUUGGUUUGUACUGGACCCUUGGUUUGUACUGGACCCUUUGCUUUGAUGUUCCAAUAAAGUGAUUCUCAUUGAUCGCAAA